CGUAGCCGCCAUUUUGUUUCACCGGGAGUAAAGAAGCCAGCCUGAGAUCCCCGGCGUGAAAACUUCCCCUCAUUCGGACUACCUAAAUCACGGCGGAGCUGCAUCGUGCACCCAAAUUCAGAUUCGCAUGAUGUCUGAAGACAUGGCCACAGAUCACGUUAACGGGAACGGGACGGAGGAGCCGAUGGACACUACAGCCGAGGUGACCCACUCGGAACACUUCCAGGCUUUACUGGAGGCAGGUUUACCUCAGAAUGUCGCUGAGAAGCUGGAUGAACUUUAUGUAGCAGGCCUGGUAGCACACGGUGACCUCGAUGAAAGGGCUAUUGAGGCUUUGAAAGAAUUCAACGAAGAUGGAGCCCUGCAAGUGUUGGUGCAGUUCAAAGAGAGCGACCUGUCACACGUGCAGAAUAAAAGUGCCUUUCUCUGUGGGGUGAUGAAGACUUACAGACAGAGAGAGAAACAAGGGACUAAAGUUUCAGACUCCAUCAAAGGACCAGAUGAGGCUAAAAUCAAAGAACUCCUCGAGAGAACCAGCUACACACUCGAUGUUACAACCGGCCAGAGGAAAUACGGCGGACCCCCGCCAGAGUCCGUGUACUCGGGUUCUCAGCCCCCUGUCGGCACAGAGAUCUUUGUUGGGAAGAUUCCCCGUGAUCUGUACGAAGACGAGCUGGUUCCUCUGUUUGAGAAGGCCGGUCCGAUCUGGGACCUUCGGCUAAUGAUGGAUCCGCUGAGUAGCCUGAACCGGGGCUAUGCCUUCAUCACGUUCUGCAGUAAAGAGGGGGCCCAGGAGGCCGUGAAGCUGUGCAAUAAUCAUGAGAUUCGCCCUGGCAAGCACAUCGGGGUGUGCAUAUCUGUCGCCAACAACCGGCUAUUUGUUGGUUCAAUUCCCAAGAGUAAAACAAAGGAGCAGAUUGUUGAAGAGUUUUCCAAAGUCACAGAGGGCCUGAGUGAUGUCAUACUCUACCAUCAGCCCGACGACAAAAAGAAGAACCGAGGCUUCUGCUUCUUAGAGUAUGAAGACCACAAAACGGCCGCUCAGGCCCGUCGCCGGCUAAUGAGCGGCAAGGUGAAAGUUUGGGGCAACCUCGUGACCGUGGAGUGGGCAGACCCCAUCGAAGACCCCGACCCAGAAGUCAUGGCCAAGGUGAAGGUUUUAUUUGUGAGAAAUCUCGCUAACGGCGUCACGGAGGAACUCCUGGAGAAGUCCUUCAGUGAGUUUGGAAAGCUGGAGCGAGUGAAGAAGCUCAAAGACUAUGCCUUCAUUCACUUUGAGGAGCGGGACGGUGCGGUGAAGGCACUGGAGGAAAUGAAUGGGAAGGAGUUGGAGGGAGAGCCAAUCGAGAUAGUGUUCGCCAAGCCGCCCGAUCAGAAAAGGAAGGAGCGCAAAGCCCAGAGGCAAGCGGCCAAAACGCAAAUGUACGACGACUAUUACUACUACUCUCCCCCUCCCCACAUGCCCCCUCCCAGCAGAAAUCGGGGUCGAGGAGGGAACAGAGGCGGCUACGCCUACCCUCCUGACUACUACGGUUACGAGGACUACUACGAUUACUACGGCUAUGACUAUCACAACUACCGCGGUGGCUACGAUGACCCCUACUAUGGGUAUGAUGACUUCCAGGCCCCAAGCCGGGGGCGGGGCGGCAGCAGGGGCACGCGGGGCGGAGCCUCCCCGGCCAGAGGACGUGGCGGCUCGGGGGCACCCAGAGGGAGGGCAAACUUCUCCCAGCGCGGCGGGCCGGGACCAGGUCGUGGCGGGCGCGGCGCAAGAGGAGGCGUGCAGCUGAGAGGGCGAGGAGGGGUACGUGGUGCACGGGGUGGCCGCGGUGGAAAUGUAGGAGGAAAGCGCAAAGCUGAUGGGUACAACCAGCCAGAUUCCAAGCGUCGCCAGACCAAUAAUCAGAACUGGGGCUCUCAACCCAUUGCUCAGCAACCGCUCCAAGGUGGUGAUCAUUCUGCAGGAAAAAGGGGGCGAGGCUGGUCCUGAUGUGUUGCUAUGAGGACUGACGGCGACGCAUGCUGCGGGCUUCGGUGGAUGAAAUGGUAAGGUCAGCUGACUCAAUGGUCCAAUGGUUGUCCAGCCUUUUAUUUUAUUUAUUUUUUAUUUUUUUGAUUUUUAAUGUAAAGGAGGAAGGUUUUUUUUCAUUUUGUUUUUGAUCAUCUUCGAACUGCCAUGUUUGAAGAUGAUCAGAAGAGUAAACCCCACCUCCUCCAACCCUAAGACAGCCAUGUGAGAUGUACUGAGGUCACGAUGGACAUCCUUCUGGAAAAGGCUUUGCACUUUUUUUUUUUUUUUCUUUCUUUUUUAAAUUGAGGCUUAGAGUGGUGCAGUGGGACUUGUUUCUGAGUUUUUGGACUGAGACGUGUGAGGUGCCUUCACCUGGGUCUCGCAGGAAAACUGGUUCACGAGCUACCUCGGUUUCACGGAAACGCCUCAGAUCACCUACUUGAGGAAACUGAGACAGGGCUCGAGCCUCUCCGGCCUUGCAGCAGAGCACUUGAUUUAAUUGAGGUUCUCGCUGAGACCUGGCACCGGCCGGUCCUGUGGGAGCGAGCCUGAACAUGCCUUUUUUGCUGUCUUUGUACAUGAACUGAGUGACGAUGAAGUUAACGGACAGAUUGUUUUGUCUUUUAUUUGUAAGGCCUGAAAACCACAGCCCUCCUCUUCUUCAUGUCUUCCACAGCCUGACCCAACAGCUGUCUUAACUACAGCUUUAGGAUGUCAUGUGACAUCCUGCCAUGUCUAAGAGGGUCUGGAAGAAAAUGGGUUACAUGUUUUGCAUUGUAUGUAUGCCUCUGUACACUAUCAUGCCAUGUAUGUAUGUAUGUGCUUAUGAGAAAUUCUCACUGGUGCGAGUGUAAAGGAGAAAUUUACUGCUGGCUGCUCAGUAUUUGGAAGGGUGGGAGUUUAAGGCUUGUUUUGAUUGAGAAGAAAAUGACCAACCAAAGAGCCUGAAAGUAGUUUUAACACUUCUGCAAUUUAAAAUUGGUUAAAAAGAGUAAAAAUAUAGUCAGACAUGUUAGAGUGAGAGUAAAACAUUUUAACAUCUGUCUGUUUCAGCGUUAAACGUUGAAGGGAAACGCAGACUUUGGUCUGUGGUUUUAUUUGAAUCAAAAGGAGAAAAUGAAUUUCUUCAGAGGACAAAAUUUAAAACAAAUAAGUUUUUAUGCUCUCAAUGUCAGAUAAACGCUCUUUUUGUUUGUUUUUUAACCCCGACAGCUAGGGCUGUGCGAUAUGACAAAAAUCUCAUAUCCCGAUAUAAGACAUUUAUCGUCCUGACAACGAUAUAAAUCACAAAAAUGUAAUAUUUUCUGUAAAUUCUGUGACUCUCGUCCAACUCGACUUGCUUGAAGUUUUUCCAGCUGGGCGUCUUUUACCUGGAUUCGAGUGUUUUAACCAAUGCAUGAAACUAUACAUUUUUAGACAUAAGUUGUAACGGCCGCCAUUUUCUUUCAAAGUUUGAGUCUAAGGUUUAUUUUUUUAGCACCUGAGGGCUCUAAUAUUUUCUUCUCAUCCGUAAAACUCUCUGCAUACUCUUUCACGUGAUUCAGUUUAUUUUGAAAAGUCUCAACAGGAUCUUGAGCUUUAUUGUGAAAGGUUUACGUGGAAAACAAACAAGCGGACAGCAGAGCCACGCGAUGGUUUUACAGUCAUUGUUGCUAACGACAACACGUAAAAACAGGCGCUUGUCCGUCAGUAGUGUGGUUAUAUAUGAGAAAGAGAGAACUUUAAGAAAUUAAUAUAGCCACUACAGUGACCAUCAAAACGAUGAAAAAAAAUAUUGCUGUAAACAGAUUAUUUUAGGACACCACGAAACAAACGAUAGCGUAAUAGGAAACGAUAGACGUUUUUAUAUCGUCAUCUGAUAUAUAUCGUUAUAUCGAACAGCCCUACCGACAGCCGUAAAACGCCACUGCAGUUUUGUCGUCACGCCACUCGAACAAGGCUACUUACAGGGUCGGCCAUGGUUUAAAAACAUUUUAAAAUGUGUUCUGCAGGAAUACUCGUAACUCGUUUUCCACUUGAUGUUUCUGUUAAAAUACUAUAUUUGGAAAAUAUUUAGUAAAAGGGGUGAUGCCUUUUUCCCCCCUUUUCAUCUUUUGUAGAAACACCCAUAAGUCAGUGUUUUUAAAAACACUCGUCUCUAAACACGUAAACAUCUGUCGUCCUUUAGAGCUGAAAUUUUAAUUAUGUUGCAUCUGCUCUCAUGAGAGACAUGAUCUCUGAGCAUAAAAGUUGAAAUGUAUGCCUCUAUGACAUCGAUAAACUCUGUUUUUGUGGUGUUGCACCAGUUUGACCAUUUUGAAUAAUUUCAGAACUUUUAAUAAUGACAAUAUAAUGAAUGAAUAACUAAAUUAUUUUGUUUAGAAACUUGUUUGGAGGUAAAUGGUUUGGUCGCUAGGUUUUGGUGGUGUUACCCCCACCAUGACGCUUUCAUCUUUGUUCUACCUCGCACAGAGAGAUCAAUCACUCUGAUCGAUUAGUAGAAAGAAAAGGAUGAUCUGUUACACGUCCCUUUAAAGUAGAGGAAUUCUGGGAGAUCGGCGGCUCCAGAGUCAAUGCAUUGUAGCCUUUGGAAGGACGAUGUGAGGUUGGAUUUCUCCUUUAAGCUCCUUUCAGUGCAUUUUUGUGUCUCUGCCUUGUGUUGUGACCUUUGACAUGAGCCCAGAGUCUUGGUCUCAUGUUGAGCUUUGUCCCAUCUCUGAGGGCCGUGCUGCUGCUGCUGCUGCUGCCGCCGCCCACGCCGCCUCCUCUGUGGGGAAAAAUAGAGCCACAUUAGUGUUUGUUUCCAUGUUAGACCAGACUUGAUUUUAUGGGUCAACAAUGUGUUUUUGUUUGUUUUUGCUAACGAGUGUGUUUGCAGUUUGCAGAUGAAUUGUUUUAUACUGUACAGCGAGGUGACGUAAACCUAUUUUUCUAAUAAAGCCAUGGACUUUGAA